AUGAAGUUCAUUUACUGGCUGCUCAUCUUUAUCUUUGGAAUCGUUCUUGUGACCGUGUCAAUCAUUCUUGCACUAGUGUUUACUGGAGCCGAUGAUGUUGAAAUUGAAAUUUCACUAAUUCACAUCAAUGAUUUUCAUGCGAGAUUUGAGGAGACAAAUAACCAGUCAUUGCCAUGUCUAGAGGGACAAGUUUGUAUUGGUGGAUAUUCCAGAAUGGCAACAAUUGUUAAACAACUGAAUAGAAAUCGAGAUUAUCCAAUUUUUCUAAAUGCUGCUGACAAUUUUCAAGGAAGUGUCUGGUAUAGUCUAUUCAGGUACAAUGUUACUGCGCAUUUUCUUAAUCUCCUUCCUGCUGACGCAAUUACUCUUGGAAAUCAUGAAUUUGCGCAUAAUGUUGAAGGUUUGGUGCCAUUACUAAGACAACUGACUUCUCCAGUUGUUGCUGCAAACAUUGAUGAUUCUGAUGAGCCACAAAUUCAAAAUUUGUAUAGAAAAUCAGUUGUUAUUGUUAGAAGACGAAGAAGGAUUGGAAUUAUUGGUGCAAUUUAUAGAAGAACCGCUGAAAUUGCAAUGACUGGAAGGCUAAAGUUUACUGAUGAAGUUCAAGCUAUUCGAGAAGAAGCUCAAAGACUUAAAAAUCAAGGUAUAAACAUUAUCAUAGCACUGACUCAUUGUGGACUGUCUGAAGACACCAGAAUAGCUGAUGAAGUUGGUGACCUUGUGGAUAUUGUUGUUGGUGGACAUUCUCAUUCAUUCUUAUUCAGUCCUCAAGGUUCACAAUUUCCUGGAUUUGACACAAUUACUUCCGGACCAUAUCCAAUAGUUAUAAAUCCUAGAAAUGACAGAAACAGACAAGUUCUUGUUGUUCAAGCAUUUGCAUUCGCCAGAUACGUUGGCGAUCUUCGAGUUGUCUUCGACAUCAACGGAAAUAUCAAAAGUUUUCGAGGAAACCCAAUCUUUCUUGGUCCAAAUGUCGCUAAAGAUCCUGAAAUCGAAGCUGAAUUGAUUCCAUGGCGAGAACAAGUAAAUGAGAUCAGCCAUCGAGUCAUCGGAUCUACUACUGUCGAUUUAAUGCACCUAGGUUGUUGGUCAGGGGAAUGUGCACUUGGCAGCUUCACAGCAGAUGGAAUUGUAGCUGAAACUCAACUAGCACAUCCUGAAUUAAAUAUUAGAUCUGGAUUUUUACAAGUUGGUGGCAUGAGAAGCAGCUUUCCAGUUGGACCUAUAACUUAUGGUGACAUAAUGACUUUCUUUCCAUUUGCAAACACCUUUGAUAUUUUAGAACUCAAUGGAACUACUUUAAUGGCCAUUUUUGAACACUCAGUUGCUAGAUCUUGGAGUGAAACUGAAUUCAUUCCCGCAGACAUGCUGCAAAUUUCCGGCAUUCAAGUCACUUUUAAUGCUGCAAUGCCUUCAGGCAGUCGAGUAGUGUCAUUAAGAAUGAAAAAUGAAAAUAAUCAAUUUGAAAACAUAAUUUUAGAUCAAUUUUAUGAAGUUGUGGUUCCAUCAUUUUUGGCUAAUGGCGGCGAUGGAUAUGCCAUGAUUCCAGAGAAUAAAAGAAACUGGAGAACUGGAUUGUUUGAUGUUGAUGUGAUGGAGUCGCAUAUUAGGAGAAUGUCACCAAUAAAUUAUGCAGUUGAUGGAAGGAUUGUUAUGUUGAAUUAG